AAGAGGGACUUGGAACAGAGUGAAGCAGCAGUGCGGAUAGAGCAGCACACAGCGCUGAGCGCAGCACAGCAAGGACAUUGAACCAGCCUCCCACUGCAGCAGGAUCCCGCCACUGAACAGCUGAAUCUCCAAUGCAGGAUCCUUGAAAAGCCUCCAAGACAAAGGUCUGGCUUGUACCUCUGUUUUAAGAGCUAUGGCUGUUGGACUGAAGCCAGCGGUUCUGGUGCUGCUGCUCAUCUGCUGGACCUCUACCAUCGCCAAAGAAGGAAAAUCCACCAAGAAGGGAAAGAAAGGAAAGCAAGUCGUCUGUCCCUCGCAGUUAUCGCCUGAAGAUCUGGCGCAAGUUCCAGCAAAUUCCACGUCCAAUAUUUUGAACCGACUGAUGGUCAGUUAUGACCCAAGAAUAAGGCCUAAUUUUCAAGGCAUUCCAGUUGAGUCCAAGGUGAACAUUUUCAUCAACAGCUUUGGAUCCAUCCAGGAGACAACCAUGGAUUAUCGUGUAAACAUAUUUCUUCGUCAAAGGUGGAAUGAUCCUCGUCUGCAACUUCCUACUGACUUUAAAAGUGACGCACUUACUGUCGACCCCAAGAUGUUCCAAUGCCUGUGGAAACCAGACCUUUUCUUUGCCAAUGAAAAAAAUGCCAAUUUUCAUGAUGUAACACAGGACAACAUCCUUCUUUUCAUAUUUAGAAAUGGAGAUGUCUUGAUCAGCAUGAGGCUCUCAGUGACUUUGUCAUGUCCUUUGGAUCUUACACUUUUCCCAAUGGAUACACAACUGUGCAAGAUGCAGCUGGAGAGUUUUGGCUAUACCACCAGCGAUCUGGUGUUCAUGUGGCAGUCUGACCCGGUGCAGAUGGAUGAGAUUGCUCUCCCACAGUUUGACAUCAAACAAGAAGACAUUAAAUAUGGAAACUGCACAAAGUACUACCAGGGAACAGGAUACUACACGUGUGUUGAGGUGAUUUUUACAUUACGUCGGCAAGUGGGAUUCUACUUGAUGGGAGUUUACGCUCCAACUCUACUGAUUGUCGUUCUGUCCUGGUUAUCCUUCUGGAUCAAUCCUGACGCCUCCGCUGCCAGGGUACCACUUGGUAUUUUGUCUGUACUCUCUCUGUCCAGUGAGAGUAUGUCCUUGGCUUCUGAGCUCCCAAAGGUGUCUUAUGUAAAGGCAAUCGAUAUCUGGCUCAUAGCCUGCCUGCUCUUUGGGUUCUUUUCACUGGUGGAGUAUGCUGUGGUGCAGGUCAUGCUGAAUAGUCCAAAACGAAUCGAAGAGGAAAAAGUCAAAAUGGCCUCAAAAGAAAAAGCCUUAAAAGAAAAAGAAGGAAAGAAACAGACCAAUAAAACCAACAACACCGUCAAUGGGACAGGUGGAACCCCCAUUCAUGUUAACACUCUGCAGGUGGUGGAGAAUCGUUGUAAGAAAGUUUGCACGUCCAAGUCCGACCUGCGGUCCAAUGACUUCAGCAUCGUUGGGUCUUUACCUCGAGACUUUGAACUCUCCAACUUUGACUGCUAUGGGAAACCUAUUGAGGUCACAGGUGCCCUAAAGUCAAACAACAAAUCCAACAAGAAACCUCCGCCGCCGAAGCCUGUCAUACCCGCUGCUGCCAAACGCAUUGAUCUAUAUGCAAGAGCCCUCUUCCCAUUUUCCUUCCUCUUCUUUAAUGUGGUUUAUUGGUCGGUGUAUCUGUGAGAGACAGAGUAGAAACUGGUGACAGAUAGAGGAUCAUCUGAACUUUACUGUGGGUUUUAUUUUUCAAAAGCAUCUAUGCAAAGUUUUCUGUGGAAGUAAGCGUACAUGAUCAGACUCACAGCACAGAGCUCAGCUGUCUUCAGUUUUACUCAUUGUGUAGUCAUUGCAUGUGUCUUUGUGUGUUCAAAUAUUAUCUAAAACAAACCAUGCUAAAGUGAUUCAAAUAUGUACAGGCUGCUGCUGGUACCGGCUGAUUAGAAAUGUUCUGACAAUAUGGAAAUAUAAAGUUAUAAGAAUGUACAAAAAAUAAAUUUAAAAUAUCAAUAACA